CUACUGGCCGGACACCGGAUUUCCGACGACCAAAUGGCCGUAUGGCCAUGGCACCAACCCCAACAUCUCCCCCUAUAAAACGCGGCCAUGGUCACCGAGCACACUCACUCCACUCACGUCCUCUCACAACGUACUGCAUUCCCCACGGCUUUUGCACACGCACGUACUAUCUGCAGAGUCUCUAGCUAGCUGCCUCGCUCCGAAUCGAUGGCGUUGUCGCUCCUCCCGGCGUUCACGGUGCGGCGGGGCGAGCCGGUGCUGGUCGCCCCGGCGGAGCAGACGCCGCGGGAGACCAAGACGCUGUCCGACAUCGACGACGGCGAGGGCAUGCGGUUCUACAGCUCGGGCAUCCACCUGUACCGCGCCAACCCGGACAAGCAGGGGGUGGACCCGGCCGCCGUCAUCAGGGAGGCGCUGGCCAGGGCGCUCGUGCCCUACUACCCGCUCGCCGGCCGCCUCCGCGAGGAGACCGGGAGGAAGCUCGUCGUCGACUGCGAGGCGCAGGGCGUCAUGUUCGUGGAGGCCGACGUCGACCUCACCGCGGCUGACUUCGGGGACGUGCAGAACCCCCCGUUCCCUUGCUUCGAGCAGUUCAUCCUCGAGAGCACCACCGUCGCCGGCGUCGAGCCCGUCAUCGACCGCCCCUUGCUCUACAUCCAGGUGACGAGGCUCAAGUGUGGAGGCUUCAUCUUCGGGCAGCGGUUCUGCCACUGCGUGGUGGACGCGCCGGGCGGGAUGCAGUUCGAGAAGGCCGUCUGCGAGCUGGCGUGCGGCGCCGCCGCACCGUCGAUCACGCCGUCAUGGGGCAGGGAGAUGUUCAUGGCGAGGCAGCCGCCGCAGCCGUCGUACCCGCACCUGGAGUACAGCGAGCCGGCGGGCGGGGCGGUCGACCGGAUGCUGACGACUCCCCCGGGCGACAUCGCGCGCGUGCCCUUCUUCUUCGGGCCUCGUGAGAUCGCCGGGCUGCGGCAGCGCGCGCCGCCGCACAUGAGCAGGAGCUCCCGGUUCGAGCUGGUGGCGGCGUGCAUCUGGCUCGGCCGCACGGCGGCGCUCGGGUACGGCGCCGACGAGGAGGUGCGGCUGUCCUUCAUCGUGAACGCGCGCGGCCGCCGCGACGUGCCGCUCCCGGAGGGCUUCUACGGGAACGCGUUCGCCUACUCCGUGGCGGCGACCACGGCCGGGGAGCUGUGCGCCGGCGGGCUGGGGUACGCGCUGGAGCUGGUGAAGAAGGCCAAGUCGGCCGUGACGUACGACUACCUGCUGUCGGUGGCGGACCUGAUGGUGCUCCGGGGGCGGCCACUGUUCGCGUUGUCCCGGACGUACAUCGUGUCGGACGUGAGCCACGCCGGGUUCAAGAGCGUGGACUUCGGGUGGGGCGAGGCGGUGUACGGCGGGCCGGCCAAGGGCGGCGAGGGGCCGAUCCCCGGCGUGACCAACUACUUCUCCAGGUCCAAGAACGGCAAGGGGGAGGAGGGCACCGUGGUGCCCAUCAGCCUGCCCAAGGAUGCCAUGGAGAAGUUCCAGCUCGAGGUGGAAGGCCUCACCGCCGAGAUGUAAGCUGCGCGCGAUCGACCACCUGCCCACGUACGUACUCGUCCUGGUGCAGCCGCAUAUACAAAACGUCCUAACGUAUCACGUGUGGAUCUAAUACUGUCCAACAAUUUGUACGUAAUUUCCAUGCAAAAAAAUUAUAGUACUUGUUGUAUGUGAUUUACUGGAUCUACUAGUAAGGAAUGAAAGAUGUCCUUCUGGCAAAAGGGGGAAAAGGAA